GGACGUCCUCUGGUGGCCCGGCCGCUGGUCCCUGGCCCUGGGACUCCUGUCAUCACGGCAACACCGACGAGCGACGACGAUUUCAGGAUCAUCCGCGGGCAGGGCAGCCGAGGGUUGUCCAUCCUUUACGGCGAGGGUGGGCCGCUAAUCGUGGUGGAGGGCGAGCUCAAGCCCAACCCAGCCCCCGCCUUCACCUACGAGUGCCCUCCAGGCUGGGUGAUCAAGGGCUACAGGGUUACGAUUAACACUCCGAUGUCUUCACAAGUCCUACGCUUCAUCUACAACCUCAGGGUGCGAUGCGCACCGUUGGACCCGUGCGGCUAGGACGGCAGGCGUUACCUGUCUCUGCUGCUUUUUAGUACGUUUUCUUUUCAACUCAACGACUUGUUUGUGUUUCAUGCUUUCCCCUGCCCGCCUGCUCGUGACCCUUCUCGGCUCGCUACUUUGAUGCCUUGCCAACAUUGUUUCUUCAUGCCUGCAUUUGUUGCAUCAGUACCUGUCCACCAGCCAACCGGCAGAGCCGCUCUCUUGUGCACGGCUGUCCUGUCAGUUGAGACUGACCCUUGUAACAAGCACACCACC